UUUUCCCCUUCACACCCCCUGUACCAGUGGUACCACCGCCCGCUACCGCUAGCCGCCGCGCUGCCGCUCUGGUGGCGGCUCGCCUCCCUCCCCCACCCCCGCCCGCCGCCGCCGCCUCCUCCUCUCGCGCCGCCUCCCUCCCUACCCCGAGUUAGCUCGGAGCUACCUAUCCCAGGGAGAGAGAGAGGGGAGAAGGGCCGGUCGGUCGGGGGCUCUUGGAUCUCGUUGCUGCCUCCCCGUUGGUUGGGAUCUCGCCCGUGCUCGCACCAUGGCAGCCAUCGCGCCGCCCCCGGCACCCGCGCCCGCCGCGCCGGCGCCGACUGCCGCCGCCGCCGCUCCGGCCCCGGCUCCUGCCGCCGUCCCUGUCGCGGAUCAAACCACGGAUCUGCUGCAGAAGCUGUCGCUGGAUUCGCAGCCCAAGGCGGCGGAUGCAACGGAGCCUGCCGGUACCAAGAAGCAGGGUGCUGCAGCUAGCCAGCCGCUGAGCGUGUCUAUCCCGCCGGAGCGGUCCAUUACGCCGGUGCUUCAAGACUUUAUGGAUCCCAACCUGUUCUAUCUGCCAGCGUAUUACUACGGAGGCUACGACGGUUCCAUGAGCGAGUGGGAUGAUUAUCCUAGAUAUCUAAAUCCAGAUGGAGUGGAGAUUGCCCCAGCAGUAUAUGGCGAUAUUUAUGGGUAUGGGUAUGCUCCUUAUGGUGCAUACUCUCCUGCCAGUUCCCCAGUUCCAACAGUUGAUGGUCAGAUGUUUGGUGCGCAGCAUUAUCAGUAUCCAACUGCAUAUUUUCAGCCUCCUACACCAGUUCCUUCUUCCAAUCAAGGCGACCUUCAGUCUUCUGUCAAUCCUGAAAAACCAGCAGCUAAAGCUGACCCUGCCAAGCCUACCGCUAACGGUGUUCCUAAUGGUACUGCUCACAGUAACAGCGGAACUGUACCCCUUGCGUCAAGCCACCAAAAUUCAUCACUGACGCCUGAUGGAACUUAUAGGGCACCCUUGCUAGGUGGAGUUCCUUCUGCUGGUUACCUGGACACAACAUAUGGGUAUGACAGCACAGGAACACACUUUGCAUGGUAUGAUGGCUCUGCUUAUGCAAAUGGACAGCAAAGAACAACUACAACUAAUCAUAUGCCACCCUCGACUUUCAGUGGUAAUGCUUCCUCAGCAAGAAAUCAGACCAAGAGCUCCACGAAUCAACAGAUGCAGGGUAUGCAGAAUCGAAGACCUACAACUACAGCAGGAUCAGUGACGCCUACAUAUCCAAAUAGGAUGUAUCCUAGCUCCCGACCUUACGCCCAGUAUGGGAAUUCAAUAAAAACUGGUCUUCCUUACGGCAGUAACGGUUACGACUCCAGGAUAUAUGGUCGAUGGGGUCUUGGUAUGGAUAACAGGUACAGGCCUAGGGGCCGUGCUAAUGGAUACUAUGGUUACGGCAGUGAGAGCCAGGAUGGAACAAUUGAGUUGAACAGAGGUCCUAGAUCUGGACGUUUCAAGAACCAGAAAUUAUAUGGUCAUACAGUUACUAUUGCUGUGAAAGGGCAGAGCCUUCCUUCUGAUGAAAGCAAGAAUGAUAGUGCUGUACCUGAUAGAGCACAGUUCAACAGAGAUGAAUUCCCUGUUCAAUACGAUGCUGCAAAGUUCUUUGUCAUUAAAUCUUACAGCGAGGAUGAUAUCCACAAGAGUAUAAAAUACAAUGUGUGGGCUAGCACCACCAAUGGAAACAAGAAGCUUGAUGCGGCUUAUCAAGAAGCUCAGUCAAAGGGCUCUGCGUGCCCUAUAUUCUUGUUUUUCUCGGUGAAUACUAGUGGCCAGUUUGUUGGUGUUGCUGAAAUGACUGGUGCUGUUGAUUUUGAGAAAACCCUCGAGUACUGGCAACAGGACAAGUGGAAUGGUUCCUUCUCUGUUAAGUGGCACAUUGUCAAGGAUGUUCCUAACAAUAUGCUCAAGCACAUCAUUCUAGAGAACAAUGAGAACAAGCCUGUCACGAAUAGCCGUGACACACAAGAGAUACACCUUGAACAAGGCCUUCAGAUGCUCAAGAUAUUCAAGGAGCAUGUCAGCAAGACUUCCAUCCUGGAUGACUUUGCCUUCUAUGAGAGCCGCCAGAAGUUGAUGCAGGAUAAGAGGGCGAAACAGCAGCAGAUCCAAAAGCAGGUCUGGGACAGCAGGGCUCCCAUUUCUGUCACAACUGGUGAGCAACAGCAGGAAGUUGCUAACGGGAAGCCAAAGCCAUCUGUACCAAACGGGGUCAAUGGAGAGGUGAAGGCUCCUACAGAGAACGGCGCUCCUCCUGCUGUUUCCUACGCUGCAAAGGUGGCCCAAACAGCAACCGAGAAGCCUGCUCUCGCCAAUGGAGUUGCCAAGACCGGCUAGCUUGAUUGCAUAACUGGUGUUCCGUAGCUAGCCGCAAAGAUGGUUGAAGAACUCAACCGAAGUGUGCAGUCCCAAGGAACUGGUGAUCUAGCAGGGCUACCUGUGGAACUGGGGAGGCAUGGUGUCGAGAGCCUUGUCUCGUUGCGCUACUGGAGAGCAGUUGGCUAGCAGUUAGGUUUUCCCUAGUUUCUCUUUUGCUGUAUUUCUCGUUUCAGUUUGCUUAGCUCCAAGACUUCUUAAUAGUACCAUCAGAAGAAAGCCAGAGACUUCCGUGGCCGGACCAAGUGAAUUGCAGAGGCCAUCUAUCUGGCUGGGUGCGUGUUGCGUCAUCGGGUCUCAAGUAUACCCUGUCGUCGUUGUCGUCGUUAUAUUGAGUGGAUCUGAAUGGAAGUGGGUUAGAUUGGAGUAGCUUUCCUUUGAUGGCUUGAUUAUGGCAUAAUAAGCGUUGCUUUUCUGGUC